AUGGGAGCCAAAGCCAAGUCCCACCACCAUUACAACGGCGGCAAUGGCGGUGGCUGCGGCGGCAGCGAGAGCAGCAGCAGCAACUCUCCUAGCCCGCCACCGUCACCGCGUCGUAACUCUAGCUCAUUAGUUUUCCACCACCGCCGGAAACUCCGGUCGAAACCCAUGUCGGUCGUCGCCGGCUUCCUGGUCCUCCGCCGGUUCCUGCGGCUGCUGGUGGUUCUGCCCGUGCUCUAUGUCUCUGGACUUGUCAUGUGUGUCGGUGUGGGCCCAUUUUGCUCUCUGGUUGGUCAUACCCCUCACCCCGGUUCGGUUUACCGGAGCCACGAGAUGUUUCAGCUACUCUGGCCUCAUAUUCAGGCCGACAAUUCCACUCCGAUCGAGUUGUCAUCCGUGUGGAGAUACAGAAGGAAGCUGAAAGAACAGAAACCUUGUCCACAUUCAACUGCAGGACCACAGUCCGACAAUGCUGCCCCUAGUGGUUACUUGAUAGUGGAGGUAAAUGGCGGUCUUAACCAACAACGCUCUGCGAUUUGCAACGCUGUGGCUCUUGCUGGAGUUUUGAAUGCAAUUCUAGUUAUUCCUCGCUUUGAAUUCAAUAGUGUUUGGAGAGAUCAAAGUACUUUUAGCGAUAUAUAUGAUGAAGAGCAUUUCACAGCUACCCUUGAGGGCUAUGUUAGAGUGGUUAAAGAACUACCUGAGGCACUGCUGGAGAGAUAUGAUCACAACAUCAGUAACAUACCAAAUAUUCGUGUUGAAGCUUGGGCUCCUGUCCGGUAUUACACAGGAGAAGUUUAUCCUGUUCUGCAGAGCCAGGGGGUUGUAAGGAUAGCUCCAUUUGCUAAUAGGUUAUCGAUGAGUGUCCCACCUCCUAUUCAGCAUCUAAGAUGCCUUUCUAAUUAUGAAGCAUUGCAAUUCUCGUCUUCCAUAUCAAAUUUGGCAAAGAAGCUAGUUGAACGAAUGACAGAGAAGAGUUCAAGGAGUGGUGGAAAGUAUGUUUCAAUCCACCUCCGUUUUGAGGAGGACAUGGUGGCAUUCUCAUGCUGCUUGUAUGAUGGAGGAGAGGCAGAAAAAGCGGAAAUGAAUUUAGUACGACAGAGGGGGUGGGGAAAUAAGUUCAAAAGUAAAGGCGGUGUAACUCUGCCCGGUUUAAAUAGGAUUAAUGGAAAAUGUCCACUCACCCCCUUGGAGGUUGGAAUGAUGCUAAGAGGUAUGGGAUUUGAUAAUACUACUUCAAUAUAUUUAGCCUCGGGGAAAAUAUAUUGGGCAGAAAAGCAUUUAGCCCCUCUGCUGAAGAUGUUUCCCUAUCUGCACACUAAAGAGUCACUUGCAACGCCAGAUGAGCUUGCUCCAUUUAAGGGAUAUUCUUCAAGAUUGGCAGCUUUGGACUAUACAGUAUGCUUAUUUAGUGAGGUUUUUGUAACAACCCAAGGUGGGAACUUUCCACAUUUCUUAAUGGGUCAUCGGAGAUUCAUCCAUGGUGGACAUUCCAAGACUAUUGUGCCUGAUAAGCGCAAGCUUGUUGUUUUGCUGCAGGACAUGGGUAUCAGUUGGACAGAUUUCAGACUUGAGAUGCAAACAAUGCUCAGAGAAAGUGACCGCAAGGGAAUGAUUAUACCGAGAGUGAAAAAGUUUACACGAAAAUCUUCUGUGUACACUUACCCUUUGCCAGAAUGUAGAUGUCUACAAAGACACAAUAACACUCAGAUUGUCCCAUCUACACUCUCGAGUUUGAUGACAAAGCUGUGAGAGCAACCAACAAAUCCUUUAAAAGUUUCUCUCUUGUACCAUUGUCAAUCAUAUGCUUCACGUUACAUGGGGGGUCUUGUCUCUUUUCUUCUGUGGAUUCUGAAGAGACCCAACGCUCUAAAUCCUGCUGUGGCCUGUGUAAAAUGUAGAUAGUCCAAGCAGUUGGUCAGGAGAUGCAGGUUUUCCAGUUUUGUUUUCCGAAAGGAAUUCCUUAUUAGAUGUUAUUCUUUGCCCCUUAUACAUGUUAGAUAUGUUAUCUGGGAAUAGCUGAAGUUUGAGCUGCCUCUGGCAAAGUUGGGGGGACUUGCUCAACAUUUGGUACAUA